AAAAAAAGUUGUGUGUUUGGGGACCUACCAACAAGAAUUGUAGAUUUUAGUAUUCGGAAAAUCAGGAAUAUUUAUAUAAAGCGAACCCAUACGAAAACAGAAAUAAGUAACCCUCGACUCGAUCUCUGCGUUUAAUAUCUCUCGCUAUCUUCCGAUCUUCGCCCCCAUCGCCGUUUCGUUUUCCGGUAAUACUCCAAAAAAAAAAAAAAAAGAAUAAAUAAAACCCUAAUCGCAAUUCUCUCAUCCUAGUUUCCGAUCGCUAGUGCUUCUUUCUCUUCUCCUUGGUGAAAUUCAAUACGUUUCUUACUAUUUUUUCUCGUUUAUGUUUUGGGUUUUGGUAGUAAGUCGAAUUUAAAACCAGGAAACUCCAAGCCGUGUCUUUUCUCCAGGUCUGAUUGGUUCUUUCUGCAUUGCUUUUUUUUUUUUAAUUCUCCUUUAAUGUUCAUGGCUACUGUUUAAUUAUCUGUUAAAUUAUGCUUGAGAGAGAGAGAGAGAGAGUUACGUCACUGUUUUGAUUAAUGUGUGAAUUGCGUCAUCAACUUCUUCUUUUCUUUGUAUGUUUGCUUACUUGUUGACUUGUUCUAUGAGUUCUUUUGAUUUUGGAUUCUGGGGUUUUACUGUUUACACUAUGCAAUUUUUGCUUUCUCAAACUACUUUCAGAAGUUAUUUUUCUUCAUUAGAUUAUUCAGUUAUGUUGUGUUCUUUGGUCAUGAAAAGAUUCAUCAAGUGCCCACCAUUUUUUUUGUGCAAAAAGUGAUUUUGCUUUUUGUUCUUCAUAAUUUCCAAAUGAAUUGCUCUCUCUGUCAAAAUUUGAUGCCCUGUUUUUUUUUGUGUUGCUCAAUCUACUGUUUUUGGCUCCACAAGUCUCUUGAUUUUCUAGUGUAUCUUCUCAGUUCAACAAAUGAAGGAAAGUUAGUUCUGUUGUUAUUUUAGUUUUCUGUAACAGCCAUGCCAAAAAGGAUGAAGCAUAUGGAGAAAGUUAAUGGUGCUUCUGGAGAAGAUCCAGAAUAUGGUGCCAUUUUCAUGUCCAAUAACUCAACCAGGAAGGAAUGCCUUAGCCGAGGGCUUUUCGGUUUGCCGAUUGGGCUUGCCGGAUUUGUUAAACAGGUCAAAGCUGGAAUGAUGCUCUUUUUGUUUGAAUUCGAGAAGAGAGAGCUACAUGGUGUGUUUCAGGCUUGCUCUGAUGGUGCAAUAAACAUCGAGCCCAAUGCAUUCCAAUCUUCUGGGAAACAGUUUCCUGCUCAGGUCAAGUUUACUGAGAAGUGGCGUUGUAGGCCACUUUGUGAAAGUGAGUUUGGUAAUGCUAUCCAUGAAAAUUACUUCACAUCAAAAAAGUUCAAAUUUGGACUCUCCAAGGCUCAGGUUCAAAGGCUAUUGAAGUUGUUUUGCUUGAAGAAGGUAGAGAGAUCACGACUGAUAGAAACUGCAGCUCCGAAACCAUUUAAAAAAUCUGAAAAUAUAGUUGGUGAUCGUGGUUUUGGGAAUCGCGAUGCAGAAGAAACGGAUGGAGAUGUUGACCGUGAGUUUCCCAUCAGAGUUACAUCUGCAGGAGAUCAUCGUGGUCGUAGGUUAAUAGAGAAUUAUGGUUGUGGGGGGGAAUCUAAAUGGACUAGUGGCCUAGAGUAUGAUCCAACUAAAGGGAAUGAGUACUCCAGACUCGUUGAUUCCAAACUCCAUGGGUUGAAGGAUAGAUUAGGAUGUGAGGUUAGCAUGAAUAAUAAUAGCUUUGGCACUGAUGCUUUAACUAAGAAUUCGUAUAAUUCUCUUGUUAACGAUCGAAGAGUCCCGAAGAGCUUGAGACACACUGCAAAUGGCUGGUUAGAAAAUGAUUACCAUGAAAAAGAUGGUAUCGCACAGGCAAGUUCGUGGUCUAACAACAAGGAACGCCUUAAUUUUGAGGCAGAUCCAAUGGUUCCCACUCAAAGCUCAGUAUCUCCAGACUUACCAUAUGGCACAAACACAGGAUCCUAUGACCCUUAUCAGCCCAGCAUCAUGGGAGAUACAACAAUGACAAGCUCUAGGUAUGGUUUUGGUGCACCUAAUGUUGAUUUAACUGGCUCAGCUUCCUAUACAGCCAACUCAAAUCAUGGUUUGGGAGAAGAUAUUAUACCUGUUGGUGAUUAUGUCAGUGACGCCUUUCCCUCUAAGACAGUCCAACCAUUCCCUGAUGAGCAUAAUGCUACACGCAUGAACACUAGUAGUCUGGACUCGGGUUUCUAUAUUCCAAUGCCUAUUGAACAUCAUAAAUACCAAAUAAACACUGGCAUGUUUGGAGUUGCUCGUGGUGAAUCUGAAUCUGAAUCUGAUUCCAGAAAUGGUCAUUUGCGUCAUUCUCAGUUUCCUGGUCUCUUAACUUCUGCAGGGGACACUGAGAACAUGAGGCAGUUUGAAAGGCCGCUGUACUCAGACCGCAACAUCUUCCCUUCAUUUGUUUAUCCUUCAUCAUCAAGGGGUUUGUCUCCUAAGGACAGACUCAACAAUGAACUUCAAACAUAUCAACACCAAGAAGAAUCUAGAGGUCAUGAUUCUUAUACAAACGAUAUGGUGGUUUGGGGUUCCAGUAUUUACCCUUCUUUUACUAAUCCUUCAACAUCAGGGGAUGAAGCUGAUUUGUAUCUAGAGAACAGAGCCAAUAACGAAGUUCAAGCUUAUCAACGGCAGAAAGAAUUUGGCGAUGAUGCUUUUGACUCUAACAAUAGGGUGACUGAAAUGAAGAAUCGUAUUAAACCUGCUGAACUUGAAGGAAACAAAACCAGAGAGAGUGUCUUCAAUAGGCUGGGUGGGCGUUCAAAAGAACGUGUUGCUGAAAAGGAUAUGUCUCCGGACACUGAAUCAGUGGACGAGGUCAUGGCCUUUUUAAACGACCGUCACAAAGAUUGGAUGGAGCAAAAAAGAGCAAAUAUGAGUAAUUCUGAGGAUUUUGGAAAACCGAAGAAGAAAAAGGAAAAGAUUCAUACAGCAGAGGUCAAAAGAGAAAAUGAUAUGAUGCUUCCUUUUACUGAGACUACUCCAGAUAAUCUGUUGGAUUGUGAAGGAAGUAUGGAACAUACUGUUCAAAAGCUACCAUUCAUUGAUUUUAAGCGCCGUAGCAAAGCUCGAAGGAGCAGCCUUGGUAAUCCAACUCAAGGGUGUAAAGAUAGCCCCGAACAUUCAGCUUCUCAGAGCAAGAAAAGGAAGCUGCUGAGACCAAAACUCGUUGAAGAUGACUCGGAAAAGGAUAGAGGACACAAAGCCGGUCCUAUUAAAAUUGUCUUGGCCUCGGCAAAAGAUAGAGGAAACAAUGAUCCGAUUGUAAAAUUCUUGGCCUCAAAGUCAGCUACUGAAGUCCCAGUCCAUGGCUUCCUUGGACGAAAUGAAGGUGACUCGCAAAAGGAUAGAGGUGAGAAUGAUAAUCCUAUUGAAAAUGUCUUGGCCUCACAGUCAGCUACUGAAGUCCCCGUCCAUGACUUCCUUGGACGUGAUGAAGGUGACUCGCAAAAGGAGAGAGGUAAGAAUGAUAAUCCUAUUGAAAAUUUAUUGGCCUCACAGUCAGCUACUGAAGUCCACGUCCAUGACUUCUUUGGACGUGAUGAAGAUGACUUGGAAAAGGAUAGAGGAAAAAAUGACGAUCCUGUUGAAAAUUUCUUGGCCUCAGAGUUUGCUUCUGAAGUCCCCUUCCAUGACUUCCUUGGAUGUGAUGAUCGAUAAACACUCAAAUGGAGUUGGAAACUCUUAUGGACAGAACAAUGCCUCUUCAAGGAUGCUUCUGCAAUAGAAGGUGAGGGUGUUCUCUAGUUGUUGUGUCUUUUUGGUCGAGUAAGUGUCUUCUUAAUCAUGUUGACUAUUUUACUAUCAUAGAACAAUGCCUACAUGCUUUGGCAGAACAGCCGUUUUGAGGUAGUUGUGAAAUUUUAUGCUGAUGUCAAAGCAUGCGUUUGGUUCAGAAACUUUGUCAAGUGAAUCUUGAUAGCUAAUAAUACCUAGAUUUUGUAGUCUUAAA